AUCAAAGCACCUUCAAAAGGAACUGUUAUUUUCGGCUCAAUUGUAGCUGCCAUUGGAGGAACAGUCUACACCAGUAAUCAUUAUGCAACCGAAAGCAGAAAACGAUUAUGCGAUCAAGUUUCAUGGUUAGCUGAGCGUCCCUGUGAUGUUCAUGAAAUUCCACGCAAAGUAUCUGUCUAUAUUUCAGCCCCUCCUGGUGAUGGAUUGGAGAAGAGUCGUUCAUGGUUUAGAGAAUAUGUAAAGCCAAUAUUGGUAGCAGGUGCUGUAGACUAUGAAAUCAAGGAAGCUUCCGGCCCAGGCCAGAUUGAAUUUGCCGUACGAGACGAAAUCGUCCGUCGUCGUAGAAUCGCUGCUGCUCAAAAAGAACGCAAAGAGCAAGAAUCAUCAAACAUAUCGCCAUCAUCACCCGAACAAAAGAACGCAUUUUCGGCAAUGAAUCCUCCGACUUUGGAUGCAAUCAAACACAAGAAAGAAGAACAUCUUGUAGACGGAGUGUUGGCCAUCGGACGACAGGCCUGGAGAGAAGUUUUGAGUGGAAUUGUGCUGGGAUGUAAAGCACCACUUGUUGUUAUCCCUCCUGCUGUACCCGAAUCCGAAACUAAUACCAACAACAAAAACGAGGAAGAUAUUAACAAGGAAAAGAAUAUCGAGGGCACCAAGGACGAACUUGACCUUGACCUUGCUCUUGGACCAGUUGCUGAGAAAUUGAUGAUGGACGAAAUCGCUGUCAAUGGCAAUGGCAAUGUUGAUUCAGAUACCACCAAUUCUACCGAUUCUAGUGCUAGUCAAGAAAGGUUUGAUAUUCCUCCUGUUCUGUCCCCGGUUAUGUACAUUCCUCAAGAGAAUAUCAUCGGCUGGACAAAUAUUCCUUAUCGCCUCUUUAUGUGGGCAGCGGAUUACCAGCGAAUCGAAAAGGUGGGCAAAUACGUUGUUGCAGCCGUACUGAACGAAACCAGACCACUCCGACCAGAGGACGAGAAUCAGGGCGAGAGUGAAAAGGUUUACUGG